AUGGAGAGUAACAUGGAUACAGAAGCACCUCCGUUCAGCCAUCAGACCCACGAUUAUGUGGCCAAUGAAUAUGAAGCCAAGGACUUCAUUGGGCGCAGAACUCGCUCUAGUAAAGACCUAUGGCGCAAAGUUCACACGAAAGGUUUCGAAGCUAUUGUUUGGGAAUUUAACCCUGAAGAGUUCAAGAAGCCCUUCCCUUUCUACGCACCUUAUCCUGCCGGUCCAGAUGCAAAGCGACUGCCUAUUUACAUCAAGAUCGAGGCCGAUAACAAAGAUCACCGUAACCUGUUCGAAGAUAAGUUCGAAGAAGACUUCUUUGUCCCGCUUUUUGCCCUCAUUGUCCUGGGAUCUCAAGAUGCAAUUGACUGGUUGCGAGAGACCGGGGAAAUGGACUCUGAGUCGGAGUUAACAGCGUGGCAGAAAUUGGAAGAAGAGUUCUUGAAGCGCACGAAUAACUGGGAACCCAACUUUUCGCGGGGGCUACCGACAAUUCCUAUAAGAACCAAGACCAAUAAGGUUGACAGAAUCAAGUUGUCAAAAGACUGGCAGGGCUGGCACGAUGUCCUUCCUCAGAUGGGCAUCCUUGACACUACUUCAAAGCAUGGAGGGAAACCUGUGCGCCAUCUCAACAUUUCGCUUAAAUGGCCGAUACUUAUCAAGCCAUUGAAAGCCCAUCAUGAGCUUAUGAUACGGGAUAGAUUUUCUAUGCCUCCGGAGAAGUUUUUCCAAGACCUCAUCGACGCUAUUCACAAUACUCCCGAUCCAGAUUCCCCGGGUCGCAAUCGCUUGUAUCAAUGGAAGCUUCAAAUCUACCCGAAUCAAGAGCAGAAGGAUUACAUUAUGACUUCGCAUGAUCCUUUCAACCUUUAUGAGACUUAUAUCCACCAGGAAGAUUGGAACGCGUACAUGAAAUCAUUGGAGAAGACCGGGUCACCUAUUCGCCCCUUACCUCGCAUCAACAAAAAGCUAUACGAUCUCUGCAAUGGCAUUAUGCUCAAAGUCGGCGGCGCUGACAUCGACCUUCAAGCAUCUAUCGCCAAAGAAAAGGGUAAAAGUCACGAUUCAGAAGAUGAGGACUUGAAGAAUCUCAAGGGAAAGUUUCCGAAAAAAGUGCCUCGGCCUUUGACAAAACUCAAUGCGAAAGCACGCGUUCAGGCUGAGAAGAAGAGGGAGAAGAGGAAGAAAAGCUUCAAGGCUUUGAAGAAGGUAUAUCAAGUUGGGUGCGGAACAGCAUUCCUUUGGAAUGACCUUGAUGUUGAGAAGAUCCAACGAGCUGCUGGGAAACGACCUGAUGAGGCGGGUCAGAAGGAAAUCAUGGGAGGUGUUUCAGCGACGGAGAUUGGUAGCGCCAUGGGCUGGGGCAGUAAGCGGUUGAAAUCUCGCGUUUUCCCGGCGGAAUGGCUCCAUCUUUCGGCUUUCUCUUGGGGAGGUAUUACUGGUGACGAUGAUCCAGAAGGUUUCUCCACAAGUCAGAACUUUGAGAACUUGGUCUUUGGAACAUCCGAGACCAACUCCCUCAUGACGAGGUAA